AUGCAAUUUAAUAAUACUGGCACAAUAGCUUCGUUACAUAAGCAAGUGUACUACAAUAUUGGUGUGAUCGCGCAGUCUAACUGCGCAAAGACUGACACAAUGGCUCGAAAGCCAGUCAAGGUAACCUAUGCACACAAACGGGGACGUGCAAAUGCUGCUGCGAAGCUUAUGUCUUCUCCACUCGAGGCCCUUCCGCCUGAUCGUGACGAUAUCACACGUUCAGAGAUGUCUAGGCGAAUGCUCAAGCGCUCUCGGGGUGUAGCUAACGAAGAUGACGAUACAGUGCGGCUAAAGGGUCAUGUCGUGAAACGUGCCAAGAAAACUGUCGCGUCAGAUAUUCCAGAAGCAGAAGCUGGUGUCGACGUGUUCCAAACGCCAUUUCCUUCUGCGGAGUACGUUCAUUCAUCUUCAGUUACGCGUCCGCUGGUACCAGAAGAGUUCUCUCCCGUACCAAAUGUCAAUCGUAUUCUUUCACGCACAAGCUCGCGAAAUCUGAAGGAGAAUAGCCCGUCCCUUUCCCUUGCCUCACCUUUCCACAGCCGUCCCUCCUCCCCUCACACUGGCCUCACAACCAAAGCGAAGGCGCGAUCAUCUCGUAUUCCCCUGCAUUUGAAAUCCCGUACUCUUUCUGGUGCCUUCCAGAAAAAUGAUAGUGCAUAUACUCGCCGCAAAAUCUCGCACAAAGACUCCACCACAUCCCUGAAUGACAGGAAGCUUUCCCGUAAAGACUCUACGAUAUCUCUCAAUUAUACCAGACUCUCUCGCAAGAACUCUACGCUUUCUCUCAAUGAACUAGCCAGUUCGAAGCAUCAACGUCGCCCCUCAAGCCCAGAUCCCUCGUAUAUGCUAUCUCAUAUCUCACAGCAGGACUGGAUCUCUCCAUCCAAAACACUUACAAUGCAUGCAGAUAUCUGUGAUCCAGAUCCCAAUUCGAUUAUUCGACCCAAUCCGAUUCAAAGUUUGUCUGCAUCGCCUUUUCUUGCCGAUCGCCCCCAGUUUUUCUCCACCCCACUGCAUAGCCGCUCUGGCAGCAGGACAGGCCUCCGAGCACCGAAAUCUCCUUCAAACCUGGCCCUUCUUGCCCCUUCCCCGCGCCUUCCGCGCGACGAGGACUUUGAAAUGGCAGAUUACACCAAGCACCGCAAGAUCCACAUCUCAGGCAAUAGCAUCAUCUCUUCCUCUGGCUCGUUCUCACUCGGGGCUUAUCAAAUUCGCAAUGUAUCCGACAUUGAUGAUCACAUCGAUAGUGCUGGCAGUGCACCUAUGUCUAUGUCUAUUGACGUACUUCCUCAGAAAACCUCAAUGGGCGAACACAUGAUUCCUCUGGCUUCUAGCCCCCCGGAUUCGGACUUAGCUAAUUUCGUACCACAGCACAAGGUCUCACUGGGUCGGAAUAUCUUAGUGCUUUCUGGCUCGAGCCCGCCGGCGCCCGAAGUUGUUGCAAUACGAACUGCGAUUUGCCAGCAACAUCUCACAUUUCUAUCUGGAUCAAGCUCGCCUGCUCCCGACUGUUCAGGUUCCGUCGCGAGAAACGCAUCAGCUAAUCCGCCUCCCCGUGGUGCGGUUACUUCAGGCAUAGGCGCGCCAAGCGAAGCAGACCUGAUCCAAGAUAUGCUAUCGCUUGAUUUGGGUGAUAGGCGCGAUGAUGGCACCCAGCUCCCAAUGCGUACCCGUUCCCUCGAAAGCCCCGCCGGUAUCGGGUCCGAGAAAACAAGCACCGUCAAGCACAAGAGGAACCGCGCCGGCACCAUCCGUGCAUCUGACUUCACACAGACCGCUCCCAUUGGUUCUAAUGGCUCCACGCUGACCUCCCUCGCUUCGACUAUCGCCGGGCCUGCUGGUUCUCUUCCUGGUCGCACGCGCUCUGGUACAGUCGUCGGCCCUAACUCGAAACUCGCGAUACGGCCACACGUGAAGGGAGCCACGAGGAAACAGCCCUUGAUGCAGCUAACUCGACGUGAUGCCCACAGUAGAUCGGAAGAUGACAUGGACAUUUUCAAGGUGCAUGAGGAUGUGAACCCUUGUGGUACUCAGGAGCUCGACUCCGUUGGUUUGGUGCAGAGGCUCAAAGGCAGGAGAGGAAAGAUGAAAGUUGCACAUGAUGAGAUUGUGUCGGACGAUCCAUUACUCAUUACUGGUCCGUGGAGGGACGAGGAUUGGUCUUAAAGGUGAGAGCGUGUGACUCAUGUAUUUGAAGUCGACUCAUUCACCCUUGCAAGUUCUCUUUACUAAGGCGCUGUCAAAAUGCUGUUUGUUUUCCUCGUAUUUUUACUGUUGCACUGUGCGUUCACGUGGCCUAAUGGACUUCGUCGGACUCAGGAUAGCUUGUACAUUACUUGCUUCGCACUCUCACCAACUCUGCAUGUAAUUAUAUGCCAGUAUAUCGUGACUGCCACGAGUUAAUACUACUAAAUCAUGUCACAACUUUUCGUGACUCAUGCA